GCCGCAGGCGAAGGCACAGCAGGCGGAGGGGAGAGCGGGCGGGAGCAGCGGGAAAGGAGCCCAGAACUCCGGAGCCGAGCGCGAGCGCACCUGCGUCCGCGGCCGCACCUUGCCGGACCGUACGGCACGCGCCGGGCAGACCCCCGCCACCUCAUGAAGCCGCCCGCCGCGCAGGGCAGCCCCGCGGCCGCCGCGGCCGCAGCCCCGGCCUUGGACGCAGCGGCCGCCGAGGACCUGUCUGACGCGCUGUGCGAGUUCGACGCGGUGCUCGCAGACUUCGCGUCGCCCUUCCACGAGCGCCACUUCCACUAUGAGGAGCACCUGGAGCGCAUGAAGCGGCGCAGCAGCGCCAGCGUCAGCGACAGCAGCGGCUUCAGCGACUCGGAGAGUGCAGAUUCACUUUAUAGGAAUAGCUUCAGCUUCAGUGAUGAAAAACUGAAUUCUCCAACAGACUCUACCCCAGCUCUGCUUACUCCCACUGUCACUCCUAGGAAAGCCAAAUUAGGAGACACGAAAGAGCUAGAAGACUUCAUUGCUGAUCUUGACAGAACAUUAGCAAGUAUGUGAAACCAGGAGUUCUGGGUCCUUUUAACGUAACGGAGAUGCUUCCGAGAGCCCCAAGGACACGUAAAAUCAGCUAGGAGGAUUUGCUGCCAGAGGGGACAGAGAUGUGUGCUCACCUCCCACCAGGCCAUUCUCAGGCUCACCUUAAGAUCAGCCCUUGUGCCUGUAUCUGGACAAUUUAGACAGUGAAACUGACCUUGUUUACCUGCUUGCAGCAUGUUAGAACAGAUGAUCCAUUGCUAAUAUUGUAUUUUCUCUUUAAACACAGCUUUCCUAUAAUUUAAAGUGCUUUUAUGAAAAUAUUUGUAAGUAAUUAUAUAUAGUUGGAAAUAGUAAUAUGCUUUUCCCAUUAUAAUAUAUUUUUGUAUACAAAUAAAAUUUGAACUGGAGUCUG